UGAAAGGACCGUUAUUGAAGAAUAUGGAUUUUUCAACUUUUAUCACAUAAACGAAUUCCUUUUCCGGUUCUUCCGUUGUUUAUUAAUUUUAUGAACUUUGUUUAACAUUACAGGGAAAAUCUUUAGUACACAGUUAUGAGUAUAUACUAUAUUAUUAGGUCUACGGCCCCCCUCCCCCGAGUGCUGGAAGCCAGCCCCCUUUCCCCCUAGAUCUAGGACUUAAUAAUUAGUGGGUAGUAUAAGUAUAAGUCUAUCUAAAUCUAACUUCUAAUCUAAGUUGAGUAAGUUUAGUUUGUAAGUCUAUUUUUUUUUUAUUAUAACUAAGUAACUUACUAAGACUGAAUACUAAGAGUAAGACUAUGACUAAGGAUAUUAAAAAUAAAGUUUAAUAAAGCAAAUCUAUUCUAUACUAAUUAUACUUAUACUAUGCUAUUGCUCAUUGCCAGUAUGCCUUAGCCUUAACAGUGCCGUAACACUUAACAGCCAUAACAGGGGUCUCAGACUCACGGCCCGCAAGAUGAUAUUUUGUGUCAAUGCAGCCCAAGCGUUUUCCCCAUGUCCAUUCUCAUGACUCAUACCUAUAACUAGAUCUAUAAUGAAUGUGACCCUCUGUGAUGGUUUCAGUUGAAUCUUACAGACUAGUCUCGUAGUAUGUUUUGACCUUGGUUUUAGCUUGAAGCCUCCUAAGGUUAAAUAGUUCACAUACCACGAUCAACGAGCUUCUGUUUGCAGACGAAUGUGCCCUCAACGCUCCCUCAGAAGCCGUCAUGCAACAAACACAGCGUUGAUAUCUUCUCUGAGGCCUGCAAUAACUUUGGCCUCACAAUCAACACAAAGAAGACUGAGGUGAUGUAUCAGCCAGCUCCCAGUAAGCUCUACGUUGAACCCAACAUCGUCAUCAGUGGACAACGUCUGAACCCGGUGGAUAAAUUUACUUACUUCGGCAGCACCCUCUCUAGAUCUGUCGUCAUGGUUGAUGAAAUGAAUGGCAGACUCCCAAAAGCUAGUGCCAUAUUUGGCAACAUGGACAGUCUACCAGCGUCACGCCAAGAAACAUUUUCACACUACCUGCCUCAGGAAACUCCUCGACAUCAGGUGGCAAGACAAAGUCCCCCAACACCAAGGUCCCCGCUAGAACAAACCAACCUAGUAUCUUCACCACUCUAAUGCAGUCUCAGCUCCGUUGGAUGGGACACGUAGCCCGUAUGGAAGACCACCGGCUCCCGAAACAAUUAUUCUUCGGAGAACUCACCAUAGGCAAGCGCUCCCAAGGAGGUCAAAAAAAGCGUUACAAAGACUCACUGAAAGUGGACUAAAGGCCUUCAGCAUAAACCCUACUCAAUGGGUGCAGACAGCCCAGGACAGAGCCAGGUGGAGAGCUGCUGCCAAGAAGGGGGCUAAAUCCCAUGAAGCUAAUAGAAUAAUCACAGCUGAGACACGCAGGCUUGUCCGAAAGAGCAAUAUUAGGUCACCGUCUGAAGCAACUAUUCCAUGCCCACGGUGUCAUAGAUUAUUCCGAGCAAGGAUCGGUCUAGCAAGCCACCUACGAGCUCACUGUAAUCCCAACCUCCCCCUAACCGGAUGACUCGAUGGUCCUAGUCCACUUCGACGGAUGAACAACAAAACACAGACUAGUCUAAUUCUGAUUUUUAUUAUGUUUUUAAAGCCUAGAUUUGGACGUUGAUUAUAAUGGUAAAAACCGUUUUAAAAUCGGACUACAAGUUUUUAUUUUAUAGCAUUUUAUGAGACAAACGUGACCAAAGUGUGGUUAUCAGAAAAUGCGCUUAGAAUAUUAUAUAUACAUAUAUCAAAAGUUAUUUGUUAUUAAUAAAUAAAGUAAUAAAGGUUGAGCAGAUUUUAACAGUUGCACUUUAUUUUAUUUGUAAUCGCUUGUAUGUGGAAUACUUAAUGCUGCCCAGUCUCACUCAGCAGACUCUUCCUUCUGCAGCCCCGGGAUAAGUUGAGUUUGAGACCCCUGCCUUAGUAUUAUCUAUAGCCAUGAUUUGGCAGAAAGAACGUAUGUUAUUAAAAAAUUCUACAGUAGUCAUCCUGAAAUGCAGAAAGUACAAAAAUAUCAUAUUUAUAUCUUGAAUGCUGUAAAAAUAUAUGUUUGGCGGGAAUUAUCAUCAUAAUGUUGCCAUGAAUUUUCACAAAUAAUCUUGUUAGAUAUGCUCAGAUAAUACUCAUUAGUAGCAGUAUUACAGCAAUAUUUAGACCACCCUAUGUAUGUUCAAGUGCAUGUGAAGUAUGCGCUAUGCCAGUGCUUCUAAAAUUUUCGUUGCCUGGCUCCUAUGCCAAAUUUAAGUUUUCUCCAUGCACCUUGUGUUAAAUUCUAACUAGUAUAAUUAGAAAUAGCGAAUAAAUAAACAAAAUAAAAUAAAGGGUUGGGAAAAAAAUAAAUAUAACACAUAUGUAAUUAACUAUGCACCAUCUAGUAGCUGCAAACAGUAUUUACUCUAUUGGGUUACUGGGAGGUGGGUGGUUGGUUAGAAAAUUUAAAUUUAUUUUGAGUAUGUACGGUACAGAAGACCCCUCCUAGCGUUUGUUUCUUCGCUGCUUUAUGGUGUCAUUUUGUGACAUAAUUAUUUCUUACGCCUGAACUGUGGCGAGUGCAGAAACAGAGAAAACUAGAGAAUGCGCUCUCAUCUGUUCCACGCAGCAACAUUAGAUUUCGACAUAUUUUAUAGGAUCUGAGAGGGCCUUUGAAAUCAAUGCACAAAAAAGAUGUGCUAUUUUUAAUACCUCCUCUUCCUUUCAGACAUUUACAGCUUGUGAUAGUUAUCAGACUAUAAUUAGUAAUAUGUGAAAGGUUAAUAGGCCUUUUUUUGAAACAGGCUUUCCUAAAAAAUAAAUAUCAAGUUACCUGGCAGGUUUUGUUAAAAUGAUGCCCUAAUUUGUUAACUAAUUCUUACAUUAAUACAUUUUAUUUGAUGCUGAUCUCACUUCGAGUUUGAAUCACGUUACAUUUCACUAGUAACUUAUUUUUACCAGUGACAGACUGUGAUAAUGUGAUCUGCAGUUUCACUGAAAUAUUAAUUAAUAUCUAUAGCAGAUAAAUGUCUGCAAAGCAAAGUGACUGCGGAUAGCAAUAUAAACAUCAGUCACCUACUUCUAGAAGUUACGUUUUUUUAUGUUAGCUUAAAUCGAUCCCACUAGACACAUGAUGCAAGUAGUAAUUGUAUAUAUAAUAUAUACUGUAUUUUUUAUUUAUUUACUAUUAAGAUACUUUGUUUCUGCUGAACUAAAUAAUUAUGAACAUCGGAAUAAAGUUAUCAAUAAGCUAAAUAUUACCAUUGCGAUAUGUAACAAGUUCAUUUGUAAUGAUUUGUGAAAACACAAAGCAACAGUAUAAUGAUAAAUUUGAAACAUUUCAGUGAUAUUUUUAUAGCCUUGGAUUCAGAUUUCACAGAUUUUUAGGAGACUGUGGCUAUAUUAGAGAUAAAAAUGAUAAGGCUAUGUAUGAACUGUCAGAAUUUAGGGAUAAUUAUUGCACUCCCCGUGCGCACCCAUACACAAAUUCUGAAAAAUCAACAACUUAGUGGCAGCCCUAUUUAUAUAACUUGGAAAUAUAAAGAGCCUGAAAUCUCUAGAGCAGGUCCGCACAACAUAUGGCCCACCCGCGAGCAUCCACUUUUUGGCCCACGAAGUAGCGAAAUAUUCUUUAUUAUUAUUUUGUUAAUAGCUACCCCCUCCCCCCACCCUGUCCUAUUUUCUUUUGUUCCGCACAACUUUUUUAUAAAGUAAUGCUUACAUUUUGAGUUGUGCAGACCUGCUCUAGAGGAAGCUACAGUUGGUUGUUAGAUUCUAAUAAUGUUUCUUUCAUAUCUUUUUUUUUUCAGAUUUGGUUAAUGCAAAUCUCAAAAAUGAUUUUAUUAAAAUUCUAGGCCUGUCAUUUAUAUUAAUUAUACAUACUGGUACAAAAAAUUAAUAAAUAAUUGAAGCAGCUUUGUGAGAAAAGCAUAAAAAAUAAUGGAGGGAGUUUAUCUAACAAACUAUAUUUUUCAAACUCAUCUUAAAAGUACCAGUUGUUUUCUUGUUAAGAGGAUUUUCCACUCUUGGAAUUUCAACCCAACAGAAGCUCAUAGACACCGGUAUCUUAGAACACAACCGCAUGCUGGAAGAAAAUGUAGACCUUUUAUAUCCAUUUUACAUAAAAAACAAUACCUGAACCAUUCUACAAGGAGAAAAAAAGUACAAUCUACUCUCUUCAUGAAAAAUGGAGCAGCUAAUACCCAUGAUGGUGCAGCGGGACAAAACUGGUUAGAAAGUUGCUAUGUAGACCAGGCUAAACCACCAGUAUUACCCGUAAAAAAUAAAAAGGCUAGAAAUUUGCUUCUGAUGAUUAAACGUGGCCCUGUCAUGAAUUCCAUGUUACACAAAAUGCAUAUAAACUUGAAAGAGAAAAAUCUUAUGCAACACAAUGAAAUAUUAAGAGAAAAAACUCUCUCAUUGGAUAAUGUGGUCAUCAGAUCACCAUAUUGUGAGGAAGCAGUGCAACCAGAUUUUUCAAGACUUUCUCCAAAGGAACUGUUUUACCACAAAUUGAUCUCAAAAUAUCAAUACCCAUCAACUGUGGAAGGUAAAAAAAAAUAAAUAUAUCUAUCUUUGAAUUAUCACUUUAAAUAAUUUGGUAUUAUAAUUGCAGUAAAGUUUUAUUUGCCUAAAUUAUGCAUGGGUUUAACAUUUAAGCUCUGUCAAACAGAACAUUUAAAUUCAAUGCUACAUUAAAAGCCAACCAUUGAAUAUUUACUAGAGUUUUUUCUAGUUGCCAUAAUUUUUUUUUUCACUAGUGAAUUAAUUUAUGUGGAUGUCUCGUGUUCAAAUUGUUUUAUUUAUGUGCUGAAAAUGAAAAUGUACAAUGCAUUCAAAAAGCAUUACAUUUAUUUGGAUCAAUAAAAGAAUCUUUUCUUAUCUUAUCUUAUUUUAAGGAAAAUUUGUGAGAGAAAAAAAAAGAUAUUUAAAAAAAAUUGAAUACACUUUUCAACUAUUUUUCCCUAUCUUUUCCCUUUUAUUCAGUACGUGAGUUUAAAUUCAUAUACCAGUAUUUCAUGUUUAACUGAUGAAGGCUUGCAGCCAAAACAUUUUAAAUUGCACAAUGUCUAUUUUUAUUCUAGUUUUCGAUAUAUACUCGUUCAUGAUUCAUAAUUAUAGGCACGUUUGUUCUUAAACUUUGGCCUGAAAAAGGUUUAAAAGUGUGCAAUCUGCGCCUAAGCCAACCCCAUAAAAUAAUAUGUUUUUGGAGAAGCAAUAUGGUACCUACUAAAGAAAAUAAUUUCUUUUGUUUAAAAACCGAAAUAAAAAAAAUAAUUAUAGAACAAGUAAAAAGACUUCAAAACUAUUAUCUAUAGAGUAUAAUGCAGAUACUCGCUUUCCAUGUCUACCAGUAUAAAUGGUACUGGGUAACCAUACUGAAUGAUUCCCAAAAAAUCAACCUCUGCAAUCUACAAUGACAAUGAAUACAUUUCAAUGUAGGUACUUUGAUACUUGGCAAAAUUAGGAUAAAAUGAGUGACCUUAUACUUACAUAACGCAAGACUUAACUUGCUUUAGUUACUUUUUUCUUCAUUGUUUUCUAUAAUAGAAUCAAUGAACCUGGAGAAAAUUAUAAAAAUCUCCUAUGAUCAGCUCAUAAGCUGACCACACCCCCCUUCUUAUUCCCAUGAAAUCUGAAAUAUUUCUAAAAAAACAAAAAGUCGUCUUUGGAAUGAGUAUAUACGGUAACCAUUAUUUCUAUUUACCUGUAGACAAAAUGGUUUGUCUUUAUCUAUAUUCUACUUUGCUUUAUUGCAGCCCAACCUUCUUAUAAUUAUAAUUAUGAAUUAGUUAAUUUUUGUUUCUUCUAAUUUGGUUCAAUUCUUGUAUAUUUAAUAAACAGCUUGUUUCAUGUCCUAAUGUUUUAUACAGUUGAAAAGCUAAUGUCUAAUUAUCCUGACCAUAUGAAGCUGUUCUUUGAUGUUGUAAAGCCUCUGGUUGAAGCUGAUCCAGCUAUAAAACUGGACCUGGUUGUAACCAGUCACUUUAACAAUAAUUACUUCAAAGCUCAUCUUUGUUUCCAAUGGCAACACAAAAUUCAAGAAACAGGCAUUCAUUCUGACAAACAGCAAGCCAUUGAGAGAGUGUUUUUGCGCAUGUGUUUUCAGCUUGAGGUAACUUCCUUAAAAUUUCAUUGACUUAUGAGGUAUAAAGAAAGAUCAUAUGCUGGGUAUAAUUACAGAGUUUAUGUUUUCUGGGAAACGGUUUACGGAUGCUGCUAGAUAUUUACAUAUAAUUUAUCAGGAACAUUGUUAGUUUAAAAUAUGGUUUAAUAUAUACAAAUAAUUUACAGAACUGUAAUUUAUUUAUGAUAUCAUGUAUUAAAAAAAUGUAUGAUGAGCUGUCAAGAAAAGUCAUAUGUCAUUUUUACUGUUACUCAUGGUGGUAUUAAACAAAAAAUCCAACACUUUUACAUUUCCAAGUUUUUAUUUUUAAUAAAUUUAAUGAUAAUCCAUUGAUUCUCUUUCAGGUUCAUGGCUUAAUAUACAAAAAUAGUGAGGGAAUAUGGAAAGCAACAACAUGUGAAAAAGUGAUGAAUAUGCUAGAAACUAUGGCCAAGUAUGGAGCAUCCACAUUUGGCUCAUCAAGAGGACGUGGAUUUAAAAUAAUUUUGGAGCAAGCUAAAUUGACGGGAAGCAGCAUGGAUGAGGCAGUGAAAGUUGAAAAUAUGGAAACUUUAACCAAAGAAAACAGUGCAGCUGAUAUUUUAAAAAGUGUUGGCUCCAAUCAAGAAUGUUUCAACCAAUCAAAUAAAAGUUAUAUCAAUGUGCAAUUUAAAUAUUCAAAGGACAGUAUUCCAAAAAAGAGAUUGGCAAUUAACAAUGAAAUUUUUGGUCUUGUGCACCAUUUCUAUGAAAAUUACAGCAAAACUAAUAAUGAUAUUUCCAAUUUUAUAUCUGCAAAUUUGUUAUCUAAUAUAAAUUCUCAACUUGACCUGUUGUCAAAUUCAGAUAACAUUUUGGUAAAUAAGCCAUUUUGGGUAUGCACAGUUCAUGUAGGUUGGCCUUCACCUUUCACUGUUCAAAAGCAAGGAAUAUCCUUGCCCUCUGCUUACAUGCUUGGAUUUAUGGCUGUCGCAUCAAAAUUAAAGGUAAACUUUUAAGAAAUUUUGUUACACAUCUUUUUUUUCUAGCUCAUUUAUGUUGUGCACCGUAUUACUUUCCCAUAUUUAUUUUAUCUUUGUCAAGGAAAACAUUUUGAAAAUAACUUUGCCUUAAGCAAUAAAAAUUAUUUGUAUCGAGAAGUCCAACUUAGCUAUAUAAACAUGUCAAAUGGUGUUGCUUGAUUAAAAUCACUAUUUAACUAUCAUGAUUUUAAAAGAAAUAAGAUCUUUAACUUUAAAAAUACUAAAAAUUUAGUAAAAUUUUCAUUUUAUUAAUAAAAUGCUAGCACAAUUUAAGCUCAAAACAAGACAUUGCAAUUUAUGCCUUCACCAGACCAUAGGCUUGCUGACAAAAGACAAUACUGAUGUGUCUUCCACCAGCCUUAUGAAACAUAUGUUCAUGUACACAAAACAGCAUUGGAUCGUAAAUCACCAGCUGGCCUGUGACAAAACUGCUAUAGUGAAAUUUAAUGCAAAUGCUGAACUGUUUUGUGAUGCAUCGACCAAAGGAUUUGGUGCCUACUUACUAUUAGAGGGAGAAAGACAGGUAACCAGAAGCUUUCUUUUGUUUUUGUCUAUAUGGUUUUGGUCUCUGUUUGGUAAGUUUGGUCUAUGUUAAUUUAACUCAGUGCAGUUGCUCUGCUGACCAAAUGGAUUGCAUGCAAAAUAUAUGCUAUACAAUAUUCUUAGAAAUUGAAUAAUUUUUGUAUAACCAACAUUUUUGGUAGAUGCAGACAUCCUGGAGAUCUGUCUUAAUUGCCACCUAAAAUGUGACAUUCAAUGCCAUGGUUGUUUCAUUUUUGUUGGAAAAUUUGUCAAAUUAUUAAAAAAUAAUCUGAAAAGGUAGAUAGAAUAGGGCUUCAUGACCUUACCCAGGAGCAAUUGGGAUUCCAUAAUAUGUCUUUCUUCACUAUUCUGUUACCGGUACAUCCUUUAAUUGUCUUUUUAGGGUUGGGAAAACAGUUGAGAAUUGAUCUAGAGAAACCAUGAUGGAUUAUCAGAGCAAAGUUUGUGUUCUUGAUAUCACACAGGCAUCACCUAUAACGGCUCUCGUUGGUCAUCAGACCAAUCGACAAUGGCAGUAUUUCAUUAUUAGGCUGAAAAGCUUUUGUCCUGAAAAAAACCAAAGAUGUUUCAUCUUCUCUCAAUGAAUUUGUAGAUAUUGAAAUUGAGUGGACAGCUGCCUCACUAUGAAACAUAAAUUCAGUUCUUAGAAUUUUUGGGUUUUUUAAGUCUCUUGAUAAGGUCUGUGAUUCAUCAUGUUCAGAAUGAACAAAUGUAAGUAAUGUUUAAUGGAAUAUUUAUGUUUAUUUCUAGGUCUACUGGCUAAGUGAAGAAUGGGAAGAAAUAAGGCAAUUGACACAACUUUCCACACACAAGUUUGAUAUACCACCCACAUUAGCAGAGCUUUAUGCUGUUGUCAAUGCUAUCUUCUCCUGGAAACGUAAACUGCGAGGAAGAAGGCUGUUGUGUAUAAGUGAUAACAAGGUAUAGAAUAAGACAGCAUUACAAUGUGUUUAACUAGAUUAGAAUGUGUUUUUAUAUGAUAAAAUAAGUCAUAACAAAUAUUUAAAAAUUGGACAGCUAUAUACAUUUUGUUAAUUUGUGUUCUAAAAGUUCUAUCUUUAUCAAAUACAGUGUCAACCAAAAUAUGCUAUACUGAAACUCCUGCAUCUUUAACAUUUAUGUGCAUUUGUCAAUAGUCUGUAUUGUAUAGUUCCAGUCAACACAUGUUCUGAAUAAUGAAAAGGUAGAGGGCAGAUUUUGUUGGAAGAGGGUCUCUCGACUAAUGAAAAAAAAAUCAUAUUUGAGCAUUAUUUUCGCUCAUACUUAAGUGGUCAUAAAGGAGGAAUGUGUUUGAAAAAAGGUGGCAAAACAAUUUUUAGUUUUAGAGUCUAUGCUUUUUUUCUGGAAGUGUACUCUGUCAACAGAGGGGAAAGUCUGGCCACCCAGUAAGUGUUUUUGUUUUGUAUAAAAAUGCACCUCUUUCCUUAAAUAAUUUGUGAACUUACACAUAGCUGAUUUACAGUAUCAUUAGUAUCAAAGAUGUUUUAGUACUCAUUGCAAACUUUUGGCGCAUACUGUAUAUUUAAUAAAAAUAACUAAUUAUUUGGCUUGAAGGCAUAGCCAUUGCAAUGCUGAAGUAAAAUUUACUACAGCACUACAGCAUGUAGCCACACAAAAAUAAUACUCCUUGGUAUACAACCCCCCCCCCCCCACCUNAUUUCGAGUGUUAAAGGACAUUUGUAAAACAAUAUAUUGCCUUAAGUAAAGAUUUGCCAUUUAGUUAAUGUGCCAAUAGUGCAGAUUUAAUUUGAACUGUGAGCAUUCUUUUACUUUGUUGAAAUUAAACUAUUGUCCAUUAAAUCUAUAAAUGAUUCAAGGACUUGGUUUAGCCUCAGUCAGCAUUAAACUUCAGGAAACUGCAGAUUUUGAAAACAUUAUGUAUAAAUUGGCAUCACUUAUUUUAUUAUUUUUUUAAAAUGGUUAAGUUGGACAGCUAUAUACAUUUUGUUAAUUUGUGUUCUAAAAGUUCUAUCUUUAUCAAAUACAGUGUCAACCAAAAUAUGCUAUACUGAAACUCCUGCAUCUUUAACAUUUAUGUGCAUUUGUCAAUAGUCAAUAACAGACUAUAUUGAUUGAUUUAAAUUGUAACCAAUAAUCUUCUUCUUCAAUAUCUUAAGGGCCCACGAUCAAUUUAUUAAUCAUUUUGGCUCCUAUGCAUGUACAUGGGAUUUGCAAUGUUACCAAUUAUAAUUAUAACAUGUCAUAAAUAAACAACCUGUAAUUAUAGAAAAACAUCAAGACUAUCAAAUGGUGCCUAUUUGGCAAUAGAGCUUUAUGCUAAAACUAUUGAGUCACUGCAUUGUGAAUUGUUGUUAGUAAAACAUCAUGUAGUGUGGUAUAAUAUAUAGUAUAAAAUCAUGCAGUAUGUUGUCUAGUCUAGUUUAUCUCUAUUUUCUUCUAUCUGUCCCCCUCUCACAAUAGUAGAAAACAAAAAAACUAUACAGAAACAUUAUGAACCCAAAAAAAAAAAAAAAAAAAAAAAAAAAAAAAAAAAAAAAAAAAAAUAUAAAAAAAAAAAAAAAAAAAAAAAAAAAAAAAAAAAAAAAAAAAAUAAUAAAACAAAAAAAAAAAAAAAAAAAAAAAAAAAAAAAAAAAAAGGCAUUUUUUUGUUGUAGUUAUAAUGGUAAAGAAUUGUCAUUAUUUUUUCUCACUCCCUGAAGACCAUAAAGCUUAAAAAAAAAAAAAAAAAAAAAAAAAAAAAAAAAAAAAAAAAAAAAAAAAAAAAAAAAAAAAAAAAAAAAAAAAAAAGGCAUUUUUUUGUUGUAGUUAUAAUGGUAAAGAAUUGUCAUUAUUUUUUCUCACUCCCUGAAGACCAUAAAGCUCUUUUUGCUUUUAAUUGCAGAAAGUGUGCCCCAUCUGCAAACUCUUGUUUGUAGUAUGUUAUCAUAAAGACCUGGAAUUCUCUAUAAUGUCACACUAUUUUUAUAAGACUUAGUAUCAAAAGGGCCUCCCAUAUGAGGGAUUGUCAACCUUUUGGUAAUAUUGUGCCCAAAGUAGGAUUUCUAAUUCAUUAUUUUUGCCAACAACCUAUGAGCCUAUCAGCCCUAACAUUUUUGUAUUAUAUUAUAUGCAAGUUCAUUUUGGCCUUACCGAUGCAAAUGAAAGUUACUACAAGUUCGGCACGCAUGCAGUUAUUUCCAGCUCUCUGACCUAUAUUAUUUUAUCUAAUUGAUCUCAAUUUUGUAUUUCUUGACAUUUCCCUUAAUCUUCAAUUACUAUUUAUGUUGUGUUAUUUGACACCAAAGAAAUAGUUAAAAUUUAAAGAACUUAUUCUUGUGUACUGUAAAAGACAAUAAAAUUGUCUUCAAUUUAAUAUAGUAUAUUUAAAUAACUAUUUCAGACUGUGGUGGGACUUAUCAACUCUUUCAAUACAAACCCUGUUGAGGUUUCAAGUUGCAUAUGCAAAGCUGAUCACCUAAUCUCCAUUCUACACUCCAGUUGUCAACAGUUUGGAAUCACUUUGCAUGCCUCCUGGAUUAGUAGAGAGCAGAACUGGCUGGCAGACAGUCUGUCUCGUCAAGACUUAAAUACUUUUCACAUGUAUGUCCCACAUGCAAGACCCAAGAGGACAAAAUCUGUAAAAAUUAAAUUGAAAGAGCAGAUUGUUAAUGUAGCACAAAACUAAUUGGGUUCUAAAUUAUUCCACUAGCAGACCUGUUUACUCUUACGAUUUUGGCAUACAAUGUACGAUUUUUAGGUGUGUAGGUUGUAUAUACUGUUUAUUUUUUAAUAUAAAUAUAACGUAUUGAACGAUUUUGUGAUGAUAUUAUGCGAUUUUAAGAGUUUGAGGGUAAACAGGUCUGCACUAGUAACACCAUUCACAAACAUCUUUUCAAACUAACUUGAACAAAAAUACAUUAUCAAAGUCCUAAAUGUAAACCUGAACCAAAUAGUAGUCAAUUAAAACAUAAUAGGAACAUUGAAAAAGCAAUUUAUACAUUGAUUUGACUGGAUGAACUCAUAACAUUAAAAUA